AUGCUCAGUGUGCGCAAGAAACUCAGUUUUGCAGAAGAUCUGUCUGUGACUCUGAAGUUCCCCCCUGCUGGAUUCAGGGAUCUCAGCGAGAACCAGAUCCAGGGGGUUCCACGGAAAGCCUUCAGAGGAGCUGUGGAGAUCAAGAACCUCCAGUUAGACUACAACCACAUCAGCUGCAUUGAAGAUGGAGCUUUCCGAGCGCUACGUGACCUGGAAGUGCUCACCCUCAACAACAACAACAUCAGCCGCCUGUCUGUGGCCAGUUUCAACCACAUGCCGAAGCUCAGGACCUUUCGCCUGCACUCCAACAACCUGCAGUGUGACUGCCACGUGGCCUGGCUGUCAGAGUGGCUGCGACAACGCCCCCGUCUGGGUCUCUACACGCAGUGCAUGGCCCCGCCGCACCUGAGGGGGCACAAUGUGGCCGAGGUGCAGAAGAAGGAGUUUGCCUGCACAGGUCACCAGUCGUCAUCCUCCUCCUCCUGCAGCGUGCUACAGUGCCCAGAGUCGUGCACCUGCAGUAACAACAUCGUCGACUGCAGAGGGAAAGGACUGACAGAAAUCCCCACCAACCUGCCUGAAACCAUUACCGAGAUACGACUGGAGCAGAACGCCAUCAAGGUGAUCCCAGCUGGAGCCUUUUCUCCUUAUAAGAAGCUGCGCAGAAUAGACUUGAGCAACAACCAGAUAUCAGAGUUAGCCUCAGACGCCUUCCAAGGUCUGCGCUCCCUCAACUCCCU